GGAGGGAGGGAGGGUAUGAUGGUAAAUCAAGCACCCGUAUUUUUUUGGAGAUAAUAAGAAAAUAAAAGAGAAUGGCUGUGGCUCCUGGCUCGUACGUAUGAACAGGGCUGAGACGCAGUAAUGGAGCUCGCAUUGCGAACUCUGCCACUCACUUCGUUUUAUAGCACAAGGGACUCCAAUCCUAAAGAUCAUUGUUCACUUGAGAAAAAUCCUCAUUUUGCAUCUUAUGUGAAGUCAAAACAACCAAGGGGAAAAAGAUCAGUAAUAUUGUCUGCUUUACCAGAAACAGUUGGCUCAAUUGCAGUCGCUGCCACAGUCGUGGGUGCAGCAGCUACUCUUCUUGUAAAGAGAACCAAAGCUUCUAAAGAAACUGAGGUCCCCUUGAAAACUUGUGAAGAAUGUGGUGGUUCUGGUAUUUGUUCUGAGUGCAAAGGGGAAGGAUUUGUUCUUAAGAAAUUAACAGACGAAAAUGCUGCUAGAGCAAGAAUGACUGCAAAGAAUAUGGCCACUAGAUACACAGCAGGGCUUCCAAAGAAAUGGAGCUACUGUACAAAAUGCUCGUCUGCUCGUUCCUGUAGUUCAUGUGGUGGCAGUGGAAAGCUGAGCUACUAGCAUUGUUCGAAAUCGCUUUGGUGCUAAGAUAGAUGCCGUUGCCUCUAUAAGACCAUACAACCAGGUUCCAGCCUGGAAGAUUGAGAGUGAAUUAAAUCUUCAUUUUGUACAUCUCUACAUAUAGUUUUGUAUUAAGCCUAGUGGUUAAUGAAAACUGUGCCCCUCUUUGCAGCUUAAGUUUUUCUGCUAUUAGUUCUUGAACAUCUUCCUAGACUUGGUUUACUAUUCUUUGAGAGUAGAUAUAAAGAGAUAACUUGAAUUUUCAA